AUGCCACGUCCUACUCAGUCCACGUCUGAGGCUGGUGAUUCUGAAGUUCAGUUGAAACGAGAACUAAGCUUACUCAAUGGGGUUACCAUAGUUGUUGGCACUAUAAUAGGCUCCGGAAUCUUUGUGACUCCGAAGGGGGUUCUUGAGUUCUCCGGGGCUUCAGUUGGAAUUUCCAUCAUGAUUUGGAUUGCUUGUGGAAUCAUUUCUCUUCUUGGAGCUCUCUGCUAUGCUGAACUGGGUACUACAAUCACGAGAAGUGGUGGUGAUUACGCCUAUAUCAAAGAAGCAUUUGGUGACAUACCAGCUUUCCUGCAGCUCUGGGUCAACCUGAUCAUAAUUCGUCCGACAGCACAGGCAAUUGUGUCACUCACGUUUGCCUACUAUGCACUUCAACCAAUUUUUCCGAGCUGUUCUCCUCCUCAAUUGGCCGUGCAGCUUUUAGCUGCACUUUGCAUCACUCUCCUGACUUGGAUCAACGUGAUGAAAGUGCGUUGGGCUGCGCGUAUCCAAGAUAUGUUCACGGCGGCCAAGUUGUUGGCCCUAUCUUUGAUCAUUGUCACCGGAGCGGUACUACUUGGAAUGGGCAAAGUAGAAAACUUCGACGACCUUUUCACACUGCACAAACCAAUAAGCGCAUCGGAUGUCUCACUGGCACUUUAUUCCGGUCUUUUCGCCUACGCUGGAUGGAAUUUUCUCAAUUUGGUAACCGAAGAAUUGAAAGAUCCGGGAAAAAAUUUACCGAGGGCCAUCUACAUAAGUGUGGCUGUAGUCACUGUGGUCUAUGUACUAUCCAACGUGGCCUAUUUUACAUUACUUCGCCCGGUGGAAAUUCUCGAUUCGAAUGCAGUGGCCGUGGUAAGUUAUACAACAUGUAUGGUUUCCUUCCUCUUGAUUCGCAAAUCUUUCCCUAAGUUCUGGCCACCCCGUGCACCAGAACAAAGAAUAUAA